AUGUGGUGCUGGAGAGCCUUUAAAUGGCUUCCAGUAUUAGUAAUUGUGUCGGUCGUGACAUGGUCUUAUUAUGCCUACGUUAUACAGUUGUGCAUUUUCACCAUUGAAAGUACAGUGCAACAGUGUAUAUAUCUCGUGCUCUAUCACAUUUUGCUGAUAAUGUUUGCAUGGUCCUAUUGGCGGACAAUUUUUGCUGAUAUCAAACCUAUUCCUGACAAGUAUAAAUUGCCAGAGGCAGAACUGGAAAAGUUGUUAAGUGCAGAAACAGAAGAUGCUCAGAGGACAAUUUUAGAGAAUUUUGCAAAAGAUCUCCCAAUAGUGACUAGGACAAUGUCAGGUUCGGUCCGCUACUGCAACCGCUGUGUGCUUGUGAAGCCGGACCGGGCGCACCACUGCAGCAUCUGCUCGAGAUGCGUGCUCAAGAUGGACCACCACUGCCCUUGGGUCAACAAUUGCGUCUGCUACUACAAUUACAAGUUCUUCAUGCUUUUCCUCGGCUAUGCACUCUUCUACUGUCUGUUCAUCAUGUCGACGUGUCUGCCUUACUUCAUUAGAUUUUGGAAGGGUGAUUUCGGCACGGCGGGCAGUGCCGGGCGCUAUCACAUAGUGUUUGCUUUCUUCGUAGCACUAAUGUUCGCGAUCUCGCUCGGCUCGCUCUUCGGCUACCACUGCUACCUCGUCGCUAACAAUAGGACUACUUUAGAAGCGUUCCGAGCGCCGAUGUUCCGUGGCGGUGCCGACAAGAAUGGCUUCUCUCUCGGCGCCUUCAACAACUUUAAAGAGGUAUUCGGCAACAGCCCCAACCUAUGGAUAGUACCUGUGUUUACGAGCGCCGGCGACGGGUGCGUAUACCCGGCGCGCCGCGAGCACCAGCUGCAGACGUUCGCGCCGCACGACGCGCGCUACCACUCUAUGGGCACCACGCGCUCCAGCGUGGAGAUGGCACACGAGACUGAGAGAUGGAGACUUUGCCCCCGAAGGGGCCGGACCGUCCCGCAAAUAGUA